UGAUUUACUUACAGCCCAGAGUUACCGUCUAGCCCUUGACAAAGUUCCCUUUUGCAUCUGGUCCCUAACUUUUCAUCAAUUUAAAGAAACACACCGGUUCAGGCAGGACCCAUAACCUCUUUAGCCUCCCUUCUCGACGCCGAGCCACCGCUCUCUCUCUCUCUACCCCCCCUCAACAAAAAAGUCUUCCCUUCUCUCUCGAUCUCCUCUCAAAAGGUAAAAUAUUUGGAUCACUGGGGUUAGGGUUUUUAGGGUUUCUCUUCCAAUUCGUAGGAAGAGAGAACAAAGGCGGAGGUAGCAUCGGUCGGCUUUGCCUCUUCGCUCCUGCCGACCGCACCAUCUACGUCUGUAAAUUUCCGUACAUAUUGUGUGUAUUUUUUUUACAGAUUUUAGCGUUUUGUUUCGGGGAGCUUCAACUGUUGGAUCAUCAUCGGAAUUAUAUCGGGUUGAAAGGAGGGGUCCUUUACGAUUGGGCUCUGCUAUGAAUCAUGAUUGGGACCCAAAAGUACUACUUGAGUGAUAUCUUGUAUGAUUCUGCGAUGAGAUGGUGAGUGCCAUUCUUAGUAGGAGCCAAUCAGCUCGCAUCAGGACUCAGAGCUUCAACAGCCCCAGGGCUUCUCUAGUGAAAAGAAAGUGGUGGGCUCCUGAAUCCUUCUUAAAUGUCCUCCCUGUAGUAUUAAUCUUGAUAGCCCUCGUUCUCGUGCUUGGAUCUGUUGCCUAUUCGUCAUAUUUCCGGGAUUUAAGCCGUGGGAAUUUGGUCCCGGGGCUUGUUGACCGGGAUGAGAAAUGUGAUGUCUUUGAAGGAAGCUGGGUGAGGGAUGGCAACUACCCCCUUUAUAAUAGCUCUGAGUGCCCGUUCGCCGAAAGGGGUUUCAACUGUUUGGCCAACGGGAGGAAGGACACGGAGUAUCAGAAGUGGAGGUGGAAGCCGAAGCGCUGUGAUGUACCCAGGUUUAAUGCUUCGGAGAUUUUGGAGAGGCUGAGAGAUAAAAGGGUGGUCUUUGUGGGAGAUUCGAUGAGCAGGACACAGUGGGAGUCUUUGAUCUGUAUGCUUAUGACUGGUGUGAGUGAUCCUAACAGUGUUUAUGAAGUUAACGGGAAUCAGAUCUCCAAGACGAUUCGGUUUUUGGGCGUUUACUUCCAGGCUUUUAAUCUUAGAGUGGAGUUCUUCAGGUCUGUCUAUCUUGUGCAGCAGGGCUUGCCACCUAAGCAUGCUCCAUCGAGGGUCAAGUCGGCGCUCAGGCUGGACAAGAUGGAUGAAAUAAAUAGGAAAUGGGUUGAUGCGGAUGUUUUGAUUUUCAAUUCUGGUCACUGGUGGACGAGGACUAAACUAAUUGACUCGGGUUGCUAUUUUCAGGCUGCACAAUCAUUAAAGCUUGGACUAUCUAUAACCUCUGCCUUUAGGAUGGCAUUGAACACCUGGGCAAGUUGGGUUGAAACGAGGAUCAAUACAAACAAAACUCAUGUCUUCUUUCGGACAUAUGAGCCUUCUCAUUGGAGCGAAUCGAAUCCAAAAGUCUGUGAGUUGACAGAGCAGCCUAUGCCAGAUGCCCAAGGAAAUGACAGAAGUGAGUUUGCCGACAUCAUAUCUGAGGUGGUUAGGAACAUGAGAGUUCCCGCGGUCGUCCUGAAUGUGACUUCAAUGGGGGCAGUUCGGAGUGAUGCUCACAUUGGAAAUUGGAGCCAUCCUGUGGCCAGUUUUGAUUGUAGCCAUUGGUGUCUCCCUGGAGUACCUGAUGCUUGGAAUGAGCUUUUAUUCUCCUAUUUGCUGACUGACGGGUGGUGAUAUUUGGGAAGAUUGGGAAGAUAACAAUGGUUCUUUGGAUGCUAUUUUUUCAUUUAUUUAUUUUGCAUCAUAGUUUUUUUUUUUCUCUUUUUUUAAAAAAAGAUUUGUUACGGAUGCUGACUCAGGCACAUCAAUUCUUUCGGAGGUCUUGCUAGUUUGCUGCAAUAUCAUAGUUGUAGCUUCAUGCGUUCACCUUUUUUCCCCCUUUACCUUUAGAAGAGAAAGGACAUAUAUUCGAUCACUGCGUAUCAUAUGAAGGUUGUUAUAUCAAUAUCAGUUUUUCUCAUGUAUACAUAAUUUUUUUUUAAAAAGGAAAUAUAAUUGUGCUAAUUGCAAGA